UGACUGGCCCCUGGCCUCCUGUCGUUUUAGCAAAAGCGGCUCCCGUGCAAAGCAAGUUGAGUAUCCCUGACAUACACAAGGUCCACAAGAUAAGACUCCAAAGAGAAAACGCAGGAUUAUGACACUUACAUAACAAAAAAGAAUAAUAAAUCCAGAAGCCUGCUGGACUUAAUCACAACACCACAGAUAAUAAUCCUCAUGAUAAUAAAACGUGAAAACAAAGACGGAUGAAUUAUGUAACUCAAAGAUUUAUGUAAAUUGUCUUCAACAUAAAAAGUCUGAGGGCCUCUGGACACAGAGCAGGACGGGGACACAUGGGUGAUAAUUGGUCCCCUCAUUGUGUCAGAGUGGUGAUGUGGAAAGGGGAAGGACAAUGCAGCACUGUGGAUCUGGUAUCUGCGUUUCCACGGUAACACAUAUUAAAUUACGUGGAGGCUUACAGGUGGUGGACUUUACACAGAGGUGGAGGGACGCGUGACGCAGACUACAGGAAACUCUAUUCUUCCUGGAAGAGCAGCAACAAAGUAAAAUGGCUAAAUUCUUCACCCCUGUUCAAAUCAAUGAGUUUAAGGAGUGCUUCUCCUUGUACGACAAGAAGCAAAAGGGCAAGAUAGCAGCCAAAGACCUGAUCACAGUUAUGCGCUGCCUCGGUACAAGCCCCACGUUUGGUGAAAUCGACAGACAUCUACAAGUUCACAAAAUAGAAAAGACAGGAGAGCUGGAUUUCUCUACGUUCUUGACAAUGAUGCACAGACAGAUGCAACAGGAGGACCCCAAGACCGAAAUCCUGGAGGCUUUGAGGAUGACGGACAAACAGAAGAAAGGAUACAUCCAGGCGUCCGAGCUGCGGGCCAAGCUCACCAUGUUGGGGGAGAAACUCACAGACAAAGAAGUGGAUGAACUCUUCAAAGAGGCAAACGUCAAGUCAAACGGGAUCGUCAACUACGAGGAGUUCACACAGAUGGUGACGCUGCCGCCUGUCGAUUACUGAAUUUUCAGCCGUGACGGGGAAUUGACUUCACAUACGCCAAACUGGAUGUUUGAAACGACAUAUUAAAUCUACAUGAUGCUGAAACUGACAGUUAUGUUCUGAAAUAUUCUGCUUUUCUUGUUUUUCCUCCGAGAUUAUUCCUGUAGUAACGGUUUUAUUGCAUGCAGGACCUCUUUAAUAACUCUCCUAUAUAACUGAACACAUUGUGAAACACUUAGGUUUUACUAUGUGAUAUGAUUUGUACUUUAAAAUGAUGAAAUCUUAAAAGCGCUGAAUACUCCGUACACCUUUUAACAGGCCUGACCCUCCACCCACAGUUUUGAUUUCCACUUUAAUAUCUCUUUUAUACGGACUUCUGCAUGCUUAUGAGCAAUAAAUAAACCUUUUAUUUCAUGAAAUGUUUUCUCUCCACUGUUAACCUUCCACACAUCAGUAUUAAAUCAUAAUAUCAAGUAUUUUUUUUCAUUCUUUUCUUGUCUAAUAAAAGCUGUGUAGUUUGGAUUAACAUAUCUUUUUCUAUCAGAAUUUUUAAAUAAAAAACAAAUUAAAAACCCUG